AUGAAGAAAGCAGAAAAUUCAAGAUGCUUUCGCUGUGGUCAUUUAGGACAUACAGCGAAACAUUGUAAAACCAAAAAGUUUUCCAAACCAGAACAUGAUUUUCUUACAAACGUCACAUAUCAAUUAAAUUAUCUUAAGAAAUCUGUUAAAAAUCUGGUGGAAUCAAUUGCCUAUUUUUGGAAACAAAAAGAGAAUAAACUCCAGAAAUGGCUUCGAAUGCUCAUGGAAUACAUCUGGCACGUCGACAGCGGAUGUUCAAGACACAUGACUGGAUUGAAGGAACUGCUGAAGAACUUUCGCUUCAUUGAUGGUGAUUUCGUAUCUUUCGCUGGAGACGAAAAGGGAGGAAAGAUUGUUGGAGUAGGAGAUGUGGUGUCCGAAGCCCUCACGCUGGAAAAUGUCAACUAUGUUCCAGAGCUGUGCUACAAUCUUAUGAGUGUCUCUCAAGUCUGCGAUAAAGGAAUCUCGGUGCUUUUCAAUGACAUGGAAUGCUUGUUCCUGAAGCCCGGCUAUGUUGUUCCUGCAGAAAUGAUCAUGCUCACUGCUCCAAGAUAG